CCGCCGCCACCCGCGCCCCCUGCCCGAUGUCCCCUGCGGGACCCCGCUGUGCCCCCCGCCCUGAGGGGGGGCUGCGGCUCCCUGGGCCCCCCGAGCCCCGCCUGAGGAAGGGCCAUGCCCCCGCGCCGUGAGCAGCCCUGCGCUGGUGCCCCGCGAGCCGCAGCCCGGCCCGGCCAUGGACAGCUCAGAGCUGGAGUCGGACAUCCUGCGGCGGGUGCGGGCGCUGCUGCGGGAGCUGGACGGGCACCACCCCUCCUGCCAGAGCGACCGAGGAAUGCUGCGCUGGACCCUGCACAAGAGAAUGGACCAGAACCCCAGAACCAGCUGUGUCCUGGUCAGCAUCCUGGUGAAGGAGCUGGAGAGGGCAGAGCGAGGGGACCUCCGGCACUACAUCAUCCCCCUGCUGCACACGCUGAUGUACACCUUGAUCCAGGCUCCCUGCAUCCCUGAUGAGCUCUGUGCCAGGGUUUAUGACUUCUGCAAGAGGCUGCUGACCUUGCCCAAGCCCUUCUGCACCAUUGGGUUGGACUAUGCCAGCAGGCUGCAGGUGGAGAGGACAGCCCCAGGGACCCUGUACCAAAGGAUGGUCAUCUCCGAGCAGAGCCUGCGCAGCGCCCCCUUCCCCUGCCAGGAGAGGAUUUUCAUCUUUGCUGACCCCGAGCUGCUGCCCGAAGCCAUCUGCAAGGCGCUGGCCACCGACACGGAGGCAGCCCAGGUGUCCCAGAGCCCGCGGAGCUGCAUGAGCUGCGUGGUCACCCACGCCCUGCAGGCGGCCCUGGGUGACACCUGCGACAGCCACGGCCUCAGGGCCCGCCUCCAGGCCCUGCCCCCGGGGGACGUGGAGCACUGGUUCCAGCAGGUGGUGGCGGCCGUGGAGGGCAGCGAGGGGGGCUCGGACCGGGGCCAGCACACGGCGCGGCUGGAGAGGAUCUACCACGGCCUCCUGGGCUCCUCGCCCGCAGGGAAUGCUCCCCAGGAAGGGCUGCAGGGGACCCCUCUGCCCAGCCCCAACAUCAGCUUCCACCGGUGGACAGAAGAGGAGCAGCUCUGGAAGGAGCUGGUGCUGUUCCUGAGGCCGCUGUCGCAGAGCUGCGAGCCCGAGUGCCUGGGGCAGGAGCUGGAGCCCAUGGAGAUGCCGGACGUGCUCCCGGGCUGCGGCUGCUGCGGCCAGAGCCGCUUCUCGGUGCUGUCCACGGACAGCGGCAUCGAGAGGGACCUGCCCGCGCAGGAGGAGCCGUGCGCACCCUGCGCCGCCGAGCGCUCCCGGCUGCACAGGAAGGGCGGCAUCAAGAAAAAGCCGUUCCCGCUGGACAGCGUGGCCUUCCUGCAGGCUGGCAGCGGGAAGCCCCCCGGGAAGCCCCCCGGGAGGGCAGGGAUGCCCCCCGAGCCCGCGGGCCCGCUCCAGAGGCUGCACACCGCCCGCGUGGUGCUGCUGGGGGACGAUCGCAUCCUGGGCCGCCUGGCACAAGCCUUCCACUCCCUCAGGAAGCGGGAGGCCCGCCGAGUGUUCCUGACGCCCAGGCUGGACCUGCAGUUCUACCACAUCCCCGUGGUGCCCGGGCAGCCCCAGCCCUCGGCUGCUGCUGAACACGCUGGCCCCGAGGAGCUGUGCGAGGUGGCCGGGUACCUGGGCAGGGCUGACCCCUGGUACGAGAGCAACAUCAACACCCUGUGCCACAUGAUCCCCAAGCUGGCCACCAUGCCCAGCAGGGCCCUGGUGACCGACCUGUUCCUCACCGACGUCAUCGCCUACUACGCCCGCAUGGGCACGCAGCCCGUCUGCUUCCAGGUGCACUCUGUCAAGGUCCUGUUCCAGGACCCAGCCCAGGACCCAGCUGAGGACGUGUUCCUGACAGAGCUGCUGACCCAGGUGCAGGACAGCCCCUCCCACAGAGAGCUGAGCACGACCAAGAGGAAAAGCACCCUGGAUGGGCCUGGCAUGGAUCUCACAGUGACCUACAGGAGGGUUGUGCUCAGUGACCGGCAGAAGGAGCUGGCCCUGUCCCUGCGCUCCACAGGCCUGCUAAUGAAAGCCAUCCCUGCUGAGGAGGCUGAAGGCUUGGGCUGCCUGACUGUGACCAUCACCGAAAUCAUCAGGACCAGCAACUUGGCAGGACGCUCGUUCUCAGCUGUGGCACACAGGUUCAGAACAUGCAGCAUCAAGGUCAGGAGCCCAGAGCAGAGACCCUUCACAGUGCGGCUGGACAAGGACAGCAGGAGAACCUACAGGGACGUGAUCGGCCUGGAGGUGUCUCCCUGCCUCGAGCCCAGCUACUGCCUGCAGAAGACGAGGACCACGAAAUCCAGCCCUCAGGAAACAGAGGACGUGGGGCUGGUGAAAUUCCUGCCCAAGUCUCUGCUGCUGCCCAUCAACACUUUUGCAGGAGUCAUCCCCUGAAGGAGAUGGGAAAGGUGCUGUGGGUUCUGGCGUGGGGCCAGCACAGAGCACACGGGGAGAGAAAACACUCUGAAAGCCACCAGAGGUGACUUUGACUGGCAGUGGUGGGAAGAGCUGCCCCAGCAGAGGUGGAUGGGCUCGGAUGGCACAGCCCUGCCACGUGACACCUGUGACAAUGGCCCCCUGCCCCAGCCAAGGGCACAGCCAUGCCCUGUGACACGUGUGACAAUGGUUGACAGUCCCUGCCAAGGGCACAGCCAUGCCCUGUGACAUGUGUGACAAUGGCCCCAUGCCCUGUGACACCUGUGACAAUGGCCCCAUGCCCCUGCCAAGGGCACAGCCCUGCUGGUGACAGUGUGACAAUGGCCCCAUGCCCCUGCCAGGGGCACAGCCCUGCUCCAGGACUGAACUUUCACCUUUGGCACAGUUCAGGGAAAAGCUUUGAGCUCUCCGUUCAGGAAGGGUGCGGAAGAUCCGUGGAGGUGGCGCUGCCCGUCCUGGGGAGCCCAGGGCAGCUGGCAGCAGCAGUGCUCCUUUUGGAGAUGUCCCACAGCCCAGCAGGGCUCCGGUUUCCACCUCAUGAGCCAAACGCUGUUGGUGCUCCCCUGUGCCGGACUGGGGCAGCAAACAUUGUGUCCCUGAGGGAAGCUGAGGAGCAGCAGGAGCUCUGGGGCACCUCAGGAAACCCUGCAGGAGCAGCUGCUGUUGUUGGGACCGUGUGGGCUUUAAGGGGUGACCCCUCUGCACCCCUCUGCCUCCUCGGGGCUUCCCUGUGGGGUUUGCACACACAAGGAAAAGGCUCAGAGAGCCAAAAGGCUUGGAGCUGGGCUGGGGUGUGGGCUGGAGUCCAGAGUUUGUUCUGUACAGCUGUAAAUUAUGUAGAUGGGUGAUAAAUUAUUUGUAUAGGUGCCAUGGAUGGCUUGGACCAGAGGGUGCAAUCCUUUUAGUGCCAAUGGAAAGAAAUUAGGACAAACCCAAGCAGAAGCUGC